GUUUAUAUUAAGGUUAAAUAAUGAAUGGUUUUAGGCAUGGUUAAGGAGUAUAUAUAUCCAGUGAUGGUAAAACAAAAUAUACUGGAGAAUGGUAGGAAGGUUAGAGGACUGGAUAUGGAAAGAUUGAAUUCGGUACUGGCGCUACUUACUAAGGUUAUUUUUUAAAUGGUUUAAAACACGGUAAAGGUUUGAUGAAAUAUAAAUCCGGAAAUUUUUAUGACGGAGAUUUUUUUAUUGACAAAAAAGAAGGUUUCGGGAUUAUGCAUUGGAUUGAUUGUAAUGAAAAAUAUAAAGGGGAAUGGAAAGACAAUAUAUAAGACGGAUACGGAGAACAUAUUUGGUUAGAACCAAAAGGCGAAAAUAAAGUACUAAGAAAUAGAUAUGAAGGAUAAUGGCAAUAAGGGAAAAGAGAAGGACUAGGAGUAUUUUAUUAUGCGAAUGGAAGUAAAUACGAAGGGGAAUGGAAAGAUAAUUAAAAGGAAGGUUUUGCUAUAUUUACGGAAGAUAAUGGAGGAUUUAUAUAGGGAAUUUUUAAAGAAUAACCAAAUAAGAUAAAGUUAAAAACUAAUACUUCAAUAUCUAAGAUUGAAAAAACAAAUUCUUAUUAAUAAUAAUAACAAAUAAAUAAUUCAAAUAAUAGUAUUAAAAAAAAAUCAACUGUAGUAAGUUAAUAAUAAUAAAUAUAAUAAUAAUAGUAAUAAUAGUAAUAAUAGUAAUAAUAGUAAUAAUAAGAUAAUAAAAAUAAAAUAAAAGAAAUAAAAGAAAUAAAAGAGGAAAUAUAGGAAAACCCGUUUUUAGAAAUGAUUGAUUUUUCCGAUUUAGAUAUUAAUAUGUAGUAUCCGUAAUAAAUAAAAGAUCAAAUACUCACAAUUUUAAUAAGACACAAUACUACAUUAAAAAACACAUAUAAAUAUUAUUCUUAAAAAUUAGAAAAUUCAGCCGAAGAAUAUACUUUUUCUAUGGAUAUGAGCUGUUUUUGGAAAUUUUUAAAGGAUAUUAAAAUACUCGAUUUGUCUUUAACUAUUGCUAAUUUAAAUAGGACUUUUUUUUAGGGAAAUAGGAAUCAUUUUUCUCUACAUUAUGAAGAAAAAGAACUUUUGAAUUAAUUUCGAGUUUUUAAAAAAUGGAAUAAAUAUAUUACUUUGGAAGAAAGGAAAGAUAUUUAUACACUUGAUUUAUUGUUUUUUAAUGAUAAUAAUGAGAAUAUAAACAAUGAAGAUUAAAAUGAUAUUUAUUGGGUAAAAAAAGAUAUACAUGACCCUUAAAAAGUAGUUAUGUUUAGACAUUUUGUUGAUUUAUUAGUUAGAGUUGCUUAUAUUAAGAGUAAGAAAAGUGAAGAAAUCCCUAAAAUUCUCGAAAAUAUAAUCGUAAAGUACAUUUAGGCUUUUUUUGAUAAUAAAAAGAAACUAAAAUCUUAAACUACGAAAUUUAAUGUUUGCGAAUAUGAGAAUACUAUAUAAACUUUUUAUAAUAAAAUUGAAAAAAAGACUUAUUUUUUAUUAAAAUAAGUUUUCGAUUUUCAUAAGAGAAAAAUUCGUGGAAAAUUCAAUAUAUUAGACGAGACUAUUAAUCUAAAAAUAAUAAUAAAAAUACUUUAAAAUGUUAAUUUUAUUGAAAAUUAAGACAUUGAUAUAUUUAUUUCUUAUAUUGAAUCUGGUUUUGAAUAUACAGAGACUAGUUUUUAUAUAGAAAAUCAAUAAAAAGAAAAGGAGAAAGAAAAAGAAUUAAAAAAUUCACUUUCGAAUAAAAAAAACGCCAAAAUUUAAAGGAAAAAAACACCAGACUUUUCCAAAAUAAAAGCCUUAAAAAUAUAAGAAAUUUUAAAUUAAGAAUUAGUCUUUUUCGAAUUUGUCUAGAUUUUGGCAAUUUCAGUUUUAAAAAAUAUUAAAAACGAUAAUUUGGAAGAAAUAGAAAGGAGAAUAUCGAAUUUGCUUAAUAAAAUAAUUAAAUUUAACGAAAAAGAAGGAUAAAAAUAACAAAUAAAAAAUAAAUAAAUUCAAACAAAUAAAAAUAUAAAAUGGCCACCUUCUAUUAAAGAUCAUUUAAAGAAAAUUUUCAUUUAAGAAAAAAUUAGAAAAGUAUAACUAGAUAAAUAAAAAAAGCUUAAAGAAGAAGAAAGAAAAAGAGAAAAAAGAGAAAGAGCUUGUAUGUAAUUAUAAGAUGUUAAUAUUCCAUCAGAAAAUGAAUAAGAUAGUGAUGAAAAUUAUUGA